ACUGAAAUAAAAAGGAAAAAUCAUGGCAAACCAGCUGAAGUUACAUUCAAGCCAAUUGCUACAACUAUCAAUAAGUCAUCUACAUUUGUUUUUGGCUCUCCUGCUCCAAAACCAUUCUUCCAGCCUGCUAACAAAAUUGCCACAAAAAGUGAGAAACUCAGAUUGAAAUCACCCAAAGUUUUCAAGCCUAUCGCUUCUGGAUCUGCUUCAAACAUUGAAAAGCCCAAGACUCCUUUAGCGCGGAAAUCCCUUCCUGCAACAGCCAGGAAGGAAGACAAAUCAAAAACACCAGCAAAUCCAUCCCGCAAGUCAAUUGCUGUGACACCUUUCAGAUUUUUGCCAGCCAAUGCACUAAAUGUCACAACACCAACCCCAAGAAAAAAAUUUGAUCUCAAAGCAAGCUUGGCCAAACCCUUAUCCUACAAGCCACACACUGGAAAAUUGAAACCUAUUUCUUCAUACCAGGAGGAAGUAAGGCCUACCAUGAGCCAUGCUAAAGUGAAGAAUCAUAAAGUGGAUGUCAAAAGUGUGAAAGUCACAUCAAGGUAAGGACUUCAACCACAGAGUAGCAGUCCUGCACAUUUACAAAUUAUCUGUUUAGCUCUUAGUGAACAAACUUCAGCCACCAUUACGUGUCAAAAGUCCUCAAAAGAGUAAUUUUUCACCCCCACAAG